AAACAAACAACACAAAGCAGUUCCCGCUCUUUUUCCGUUUCGGCGGCAAAAUACGGUCGCUCCAUUGCUCUUCGUGGGGUGGUUCAUUUUAAGUUUAUCCAUCUCCAUGUACAGUUCUCCUCCAGCUCAUCGGGAGUUCGAAAUCUGACAACUGUUUGACUGUACUUGGCACUUAAUCCGCUCUUUCAAUCUUCACACGCAGACCGCAGCUUGGCCAAUCUAAUGGCGGCAGCAGCAUCCAGUGCCCGGCAGGGACGAAAAUACGCCGAGGGCACCCAGCCCUUCACCGUGCUGAUCGAGGGAAACAUUGGCAGCGGCAAGACCACGUACCUGAAGUACUUUGAGAAGUUCAACGACGUCUGCCUGCUGACCGAACCCGUGGAAAAGUGGCGCAAUGUAAAUGGAGUGAAUCUCCUCGAGCUGAUGUACAAGGACCCCAAGAAGUGGGCCAUGCCCUUUCAGAGUUAUGUCACGCUCACCAUGCUGCAGUCCCACACUGCACCCACGGACAAGAAGCUAAAAAUAAUGGAGCGUUCCAUUUUUAGCGCACGCUAUUGCUUUGUGGAGAACAUGCGCCGCAACGGCUCCCUGGAGGACGGCAUGUACAACACACUGACGGAGUGGUACAAGUUCAUUGACGAAUCCAUUCACAUCCAGGCAGACUUGAUAAUUUACCUGCGAACCUCCCCGGAGGUGGCCCACGAACGGAUUCGUGAGCGGGCGCGCUCUGAGGAGAGCUGUGUCCCGCUGCAGUACCUCCAGGAGCUGCACGAGUUGCACGAGGACUGGCUAAUAUAUAAGAGACGUCCGCAGGCCUGCAAGGUUAUUGUACUUGACGCCGAUCUGAAUCUGGAGAACAUUGGCUCGGAGUACCAGCGAUCGGAAAGCAGCAUCUUUGACGCCAUCUCGGGAAAUCAUCAACCAUCACCAGUCCUGGUCUCGCCCAGCAAGCGCGAACGGAUGUCCAGAUAACCGCCACUGCUGACGAACAACUUUUCCUGUCGUACCUAAUUGUGUUUAGUAACAGACCUAAAAUAUAAUGUAAUCGUAGGAGCUCCUAGCUGAGCGGGCGGGGGACUACCCACUAACACUUCAAUACCACUAUGAAACGCAUUCUAAUUUUAACAAUUAUAAUCCCAAUUAUAUUCUCUUAUCACAAACUAGAUUGUAAGCGAAUAAUUGUAAUAAAAACUGUGAGUGUUUAUGUUAAAGGCA